AUGGUGUUCAAAGCCAGUCGUAAAAUAGGUCGAAAACUUAAAACUAGAGUAUCACUUUUGCUAUUGGUCUGUUUAGCAAUGCCAGCGGCUGCAAGAGAUAACGAUUUAGACUUCACGGCCAUGCCCAUUACCUCGUUAACCAUAAGACACUGUGGUCAUAUUCUAAUAGCCGCGAACGCAAAAAACAACGAAUUAUACAUGUCUACGAAAUCCCGCAAUCCUACCGAAGAAUCGAUAAACUUAAAUAGAAGCAAUGACAUCAAAAUACUGAAAAGAGUGCGAACGCAACUAAAAGUAGCUAGAAACCAUUUUCGAAAUAACCGAGAAGUAAUCGCACGUCUUUAUUCGGAUGUAAAGACCAUGAUGCAAACAAAUUAUCAUUACGAGUGGUUGCCCUCUCAGUCGCUGGUUUGGUACAAGAAACACGUCAAAAAGCUUGACAAGGACACCAAGGUGUUUAUACUUUUGCCUGUGCUACGGGAUUCAUUGCACAAUUUUUCAGUAACGCUCGAACAAAUGCGACUGUUCAGCGAAACACAUUUAAUAUCCAAUUACACAAUAAGAAAACUUAUGUUAGACGAUCUAUCCAAACAUCUUAUCGCAGUGUUGUGCGAAGUGGAGGCCGCAAUGAUAAGCCUGAGCACGUGGCGCAACAGGAAGAUGCCCGAAGAGCCACGGACAGCGAUCGUCGGUGGCCCGGGCUGGGACCCGAAUCCCGACCACACGACCAUGAUGAUCCAGGACUGGGGCGUGUUGACCAUCUACUAUAGGUUCCUAAAGGACUGGCUGCAUAUCAGCCGGAAAAUGGUCCAAGACCAGGUGGACUUGCACCAGCGGUGGUCAGCUGUCUCAGCGGUGGUUUCAGACGCCGACGACGGGGACGACAACGACGACUCUUCUGCCUCCACCAUCGACCGACUGCCACCUGCAAUGCCGGUGUCGUCAUCGCCGUUAUCGUUAUCGCCGGUGUCGUCAUCGCCAAUGCCGUGUAUCAGACACCACAGAUGCGGUUCGUCCAAGUACAACAAACGGCCCAAAACGUCCGGCUCGGUUACGUAG